GGUCCUCCAUAGUUUAUGUACAUUUGAAUGUUGGUCAAAUUAAAUGAUAUAUUCGCGCCUCUGUCAGCAUAGACAGCGACAGAAUUCGACACGGCUGGAAACAUGAUGCUCACCUGCUACCCCAGCUCUCAAGGAAUAUAUAUUUAGGGACAACCCACUGGGCAAACACUGGUUGAAUCAACGUUAUUGUUUACUCGUAAUUUCAACGUUGAACCAACGUGGAAUAUAUGAUGAAUUGACAUCUGUACCCAGCGGGAAGGCUAAGUUCCAGAACGCACUGAGAACUGUCAAGUCAAGCCGUUUGCUUUCAUUUCCAUAUUAUGAAAGACAAUAGCGCCGGCAGCAGUGCUUAUUACUGCGCAAUUGAGUUGUGCGCCAUAUGGGUCACUGAAUCUCUUUUUGACUUUCUAUUAUGACGAUUCGCCGACGACAUCACAACGGAGCGCACCUCAGCAGUAGAUGAUGGUUAAAGCUAUGUAAAAUAUUCCCAUUCUCGUCGGGUAAAGCGAUGCCUGGCUACUGACAGAGAACCAUGAUCUGCAGAGGAUAUAUUUUGGAUAGUCUACUUUGCGAGAGCAAGAGUGUGUUGCUGUCUGUCAAGCACGGAGUCGCUUUGGCGCGCUAAAGCAUCGUGGAUAAGAUGAUUGUCAGUUAUUUCACGUAGCGAAGCGAACACCAAACAAAACCCACAGCUACAAAAUUCCACAUUUGUAGCGGACUUCAGAAAGAAGGGUAGGGUGCGCGCCCACCGGUUGCUGUGAUGAACCCCUCUCCAGGCAACGGGGUGAACCUCCAGACUCAUCGAGAAGAAUUGGUGUCCAACGGAGGCUGCGGAAUGUCAGACACCGUGACAGCUGUCCAAACCAACACUGGUCCCGGAUCCCCCAUGACUGACAAGCCGGGAGCAGGAGGAGAUACAGACGCCAAAGGAAUCCCGCGGCGGAGCAGUAUUAUCAAGGAUGGUUCUCGUGCUGGUCGUGAGAGGAAGAAGACGGUCUCCUUCAGCAGCAGUCUCUCUGAGAGGAAGAUCAGCAGCGCUGCAGACUGCAUCAGUGCUAUGGUGAGGGGUACUGAGCUGCGGAAAGUGCGCUCCAACUCACGAGUCUACCAACGCUACUACCUGCUGGAGUCAAGUCUGCAGGCCCUGCGAUGGGAGCCCUCCAAGAAGGAGUCAGAUAAGGCCCGCAUCGCCGUCCCCUCCAUCAGAGAGGUCCGCACCGGCCGCAACACAGAGACAUUUAAGACCAACGGCAUCUAUGACCAGAUUUCUGAGGACUGUGCCUUCUCGAUCAUCUACGGAGAGACCUAUGAAGCUCUGGACCUGGUAGCUAACUCUGCAGAGGUUGCCAACGUUUGGGUAACUGGCCUGAGGUAUCUGAUUCUGUAUGGGAAGCAUGCCAUGGAUAUGAUAGCCAGCAGUGAGGACAGCCUUCGUCUGAUCUGGCUAUCAGAGAUGUUCUCCUCUAAGGUUGUUUCAAAUGGACUUGGUGGAAGAGAGGAGGAGGGGAUCAGUUUGCGGUCGGCGGUAGGACUGAUCAAGAGUGUUAACCCUGGAGUGAGGAGUGGGAAAGUAGAACGCAGGUUUAAGGAGCUCCAUCGAAUCAAAGAGAGGAUGAGGGGGGCUCGGACAACUGGAGACAGGGUCACCAAGGAGGAGUUCAUUGAGGUAUUUCACGAACUUUGCACCCGACCAGAGAUCUACUUCCUCCUUGUGCAGUUCUCUAGCAACAAGGAGUUCCUGGAUACCAAGGAUCUGAUGAAGUUCCUGGAGGCUGAGCAGGGCGUGGCUCAGGUGACUGAAGACACCAGUCUGGAGCUCAUCCAAUCCCACGAGCCGUCGGAGGAGGGCCGUCGCCAGGGCUGCCUCUCAUUGGACGGUUUCACCAGCUAUCUUACGUCCCUGGAGUGCCACUUGUUUGACCCGGAGCACAGCCAGAUGUGCCAGGACAUGAGCCAACCCUUAUCCCACUACUACAUCAACUCCUCCCACAACACCUACCUCAUCGAGGACCAGUUCAGGGGGCCCUCUGACAUCACCGGCUACAUCCGGGCUUUAAAGAUGGGCUGCAGGUGUGUGGAGGUGGACGUGUGGGACGGCCCUGAUGACGAACCCGUGGUUUAUACUGGUUACACCCUUACCUCGCCUGUCCUGUUCCGCUGUGUCCUGGACGUGAUUGGGUGCUUUUCAUUCACAGCGUCAGAGUGUCCUCUAAUCCUGUGCUUGGAGAACCACUGCUCCCCCUGCCAGCAGAGAGUCAUGCUCCAGCACCUGAGGAGGAUACUAGGGGAGAGGUUGUACACGGGGCCCCUCGGGGAAGGGGAGGGGUACCUGCCCUCGCCCCAUGCCCUGAGGGGCAAGAUCCUGCUGAAGGGGCAGAAGUUGAAGGAGGGUUGUGGUGAGACGGAGGGGGAUGUGACUGAUGAAGACGAGGGGGCGGAGAUGUGCCAGAGGAUGAAGGCUGGUAACAGUGAAGGAGGAGGAGGGGAGGGGAGACAGAAAGGUGGUGGGGGGGGUGUUACUAGUAGCGUGAAAACCCUGACCCCUGCUCCUCCCUCUAAACGGUUCCAGCUUCUGAAGGAGCUCUCGGACUUGGUGACUCUGUGCAAGUCAGUACGUUUCACAGACUUCCAGAAGUCUUUCUCAACCCAGAAACCCUGGGAGUUCUGCUCGUUCAACGAGACCCUAGCGGUGCGCUGCGCCAGCGAGCGCCCGGGAGACUUUGUCAACUACAACAAGCGCUUCCUGUCGCGGGUCUACCCCAGCGCCAUGCGCAUCGACUCCAGCAACAUGAACCCACAGGACCUGUGGAAGUGCGGUUGCCAGAUUGUGGCUAUGAACUACCAGACACCCGGGUUGAUGAUGGACCUUAACAUCGCCUGGUUCCGCCAGAACGGGAAUUGUGGGUAUGUGCUGCGACCCACCAUCAUGCGACAGGAGGUUUCAUAUUUCAGCGCCAAUACAAGAGAAUCUGUGCCGGGUGUGUCCCCUCAGCUGCUCCAUGUUAAGGUGAUCAGUGGUCAGAACUUGCCCCGUCCGUGUGGUUCUGGAGCUAAAGGAGAUGUGGUGGACCCAUACGUCUACGUGGAGAUCCAUGGUAUCCCUGCCGACUGUGCCGAGCGCCGCACCCGCACGGUGGUGGAGAACGGAGACAACCCCAUCUUCGACGAAAGCUUUGAGUUCCAGAUCAACCUGCCCGAGCUGGCCAUGGUGCGCUUCGUGGUGCUUGAUGAUGAAUUCAUAGGGGACGAGUUCAUAGGUCAGUAUACCAUUCCCCUGGAGUGCUUACAGCCAGGCUACCGGCACGUACCAUUACAGUCUCUGAUGGGGGAGGACCUCCCGUACGCCCGGCUGUUCGUCCAUGUGGCUCUCACCAACCGGAGAGGAGGGGGCAAGUCCCACAAGCGGGGGCUGUCUGUGCGAAAGGCGAGGCGAGGGAGGGAGUACGCUGCACUCAGGGACCUGGGGGUCAAAGCCUUGGAUGAUGUUUUCAAAAUGGCGGCUCCGUCAUUGAAGGAAGCCACAGACAUGCGGGAGAACAUGCAGAACUCGGUGGCAGUUUUCAGGGAUCUGUGUGGGGUGUCAGCUGUGGCUAACCUCAUGCAGUGUGUGUUGGCUCUGGGGGCCCGUGUUUCUGGCGCUGACGGGGCCCCCCUGCUGCUGUUUGAGCUGAAGGAGCAGUACCCCUCCAUGGAGUCUCAGGGGCCCCUGCCGGACGUCCUACGCAGGGUGGUGUCCACUUAUGAAAUGAUGAUCCAGGCGAGCAGAGCGGUGAUCGAGCUGUCAGACGGAGUCUACGACAGGAUCCUACAGAUACAGACAACAGCCAUGGAGUUCCAUGAGAAGUUAAAGCCCAUGGCAGUGAAGGAGGGGCUUAAAGGUCGUAAGGUCACCAGAGCUGUGGAGAGUUUCAGCUGGAACAUCACAAUACUGAAGGGGCAGGCAGACCUGCUGAAACAGGCUAAGACGGAGGUACAGGAGAACAUAAAGCAGGUCCACUACGCUGCCCUGACCUCUAACCUCAGUAAGGGCGGGACAGGAGAGACAACCCACACUCGGCGCAGCCUGGACGCACUUCCUUCAAUGUCGGGUACAGCUCCGGCAAGAAGUUUCCCUUAGUCACAGACAGGUCUAGGAACAGUUUACCUGUCUAAAAUUAUAUAUUGAACCAUAAGGGGGAAAUGUAAAAACGGACCAUAGGUCCGUUUCUAAGGGCACAAUCGUCCUAUUCUGAGGAUUGUCAGGGUGAUAAGAAGUUGCUACAUAUGUUCUAUAGUGAUAGGCUCCUUCUGCAUCUCACCCGGGGGGCUGCUGGAGAUUAGUCUGCCAUUUUGUCCAGACAACGAUGAGGAAGAAGGAGGAUGGACUCAGUUGAAGAGGAAAACUCCUGUUAUAAAAGCACUGCCAAGAGGGAGGAGUAAUGUCAAAGACACUGGAGACAGGAAUGUAGAGAGGAAUGAAGGAAUGAGGUCUGAGAGAAAGAGACAGACUGCCCUGUCCCCUACUUUGUAUGCAGCUAUAAAUAAGAACUGUUUAAUCCUGCUCUCUAUGGGGCCGAUUCAGACCCCAGUUAUGCACUUGUAAAUGGAACUUAAUUCCCUUUUUAUGCGCUUUUUUUAAAACGUAUUCUGACCUUGAAUUUAAAAAAAGGUUUCAGCAAGCUAUUCUUUCAGAGUGGAGAUCAGAGAAAUUAAUACAUUUAAAAAACUUAAAUAUCACAUUUACAUAAGUAUUCAGACCCUUUACUCAGUACUUUUUGAAGCAUCUUUGGCAGUGAUUCCAGCUGCAAGUCUUCUUGGAAGGGGAACCUUCA